AUGAGACGUCUCGACGUCAUCAACAGAGGAUUCUCAGGAUACAACACCAACAACGCCUUGGGAGUCCUCCCAGAGCUCUUUGCACCACCGUCGGCAACGACGCCCAAGAUAGACUAUCUCUUAAUCCUCUUGGGCGCCAACGAUGCCUGCCUCCCAAUCCCCACAAACAGCCAGCAAGUGCCCCUGGAACAGUACAAGCAGAACCUCAGAGACAUCAUCACCCACGCCGCCAUACGUGCCCACUCCCCCAAGAUCCUCCUGGUGAACCCGCCCCCUCUCGACGAGAUACGCAUGCUAGAGCGCGACCUCGAAAAGGGCCACGGGCAGGCGUCCCGGAGCGCCGCCGUCAGCAAGACAUACUCGGACGCGGCGCUCAGCGUGGCAGCCGAGUUUCCGGGUGUCGUGCCGGUUGACCUCCACAAAGCCGUCAUGCGGCGAGCCGUGUCAAUGACACCCGGCUUUACCCCGAGCGGUCCUCCCCUCGGGCACCCCGAGGGUCAGCGGGGCGCACUGGAGGUGUUGAUUCCAGACGGGUUGCAUUUGGGAGGCGAAGGGUACAGGGUUCUUUUUGAGUUGGUAAAGCCUCACAUCGGACCAUUUGAGGAGUCAAGAGAGGAUUACCGGCUGCCUGAUUGGAAAAUUUUGAACCCCGGUAGUCUGGGUUGA